AGAAACCAGGAAGGGAAUUGAGUUGAUCUGCUGCUGCUUGGUUAGCGCAUACGGGGCUUUAAGCUGCACAACAGUGAGAGGGAGAGGAGGAGAGGAGAGGGCUGAGCAAACCCACAACAAGCUUCACCACGGCCAUCGCAGACAAAUCGAGGAUGGCUUGUUCUGCUGAAACCCCCCUCCCACUGCGCAGGCUUCAGUCGAUCAUUUUAAUCUCCCCCCACACGUGAGCGAGGGGACAGCCUUUCCUGAAACUUGGCACACAGUACAGGAGAGGCAAACGGACAGACGGCAGGACGGAUACACGGGUGGGGGCUGUGCUCGGCGGCUCGGCGGCAGGCUGGUGGAAGAUGUCGUCAGGAGCCGGUGGGAGGGGAGGACGGCGGCUCAGGGGGACAGCAAGCAGCAGCGGUGGAGGAGGGAGAGGAGGAGCAGGAGAGGCAGAAGAAGGCCCCGUGGGGAUCCCUUUCCCUGAACACAGCGCGGACAUCCUGGGCAGCCUGAACAAGCAGCGGCUCAGUGGCCUACUUUGUGACGUGCUCCUGGUUACCCAGGAGCGGGAGUUUCCAGCUCACCGCUCCGUCCUGGCGUCCUGCAGCUCCUACUUUCACAAGCUCUUCACUUCAGGUGCCACAGCUGACCAACAGAACAUCUACAACAUCGACUUUGUGGAGGCAGAGGCUCUGGGAGCGUUACUGGACUUUGCCUACACAGCCACACUGACGGUUAGUCACAGCAGUGUGGCUGACAUCCUUGCCGCUGCACGCCUCCUGGAAGUCCCACCCGUCCAGGAUGUCUGUACACACCUGCUGGACACCAAAGUGCUCUCCCCGCCGGCGGGCAGUGAGCAGAAAGACGAAGACGAAGAUGAGGGUAAGGGCAGAGGCAGGGAGCAGGGAAACAGGGUGCGGGCCCGGGAAUACCUGGAGUACUUCCAGAGAGGGGCACACUGGAGCAGCAGCUGCAGCACACCAGAGCUCAGGGACCUGCCCACACACCUGCACUUUAACCAUGGUAAUGGGGCGCCCCCGAUAAAUGGGGGUCCUGCUGGCCAGGGUGAAUACUACUCCACCUUGGCCCUCGCCUUGGCCCAGGCCCAGGCCCCCACACAGGAGCCAGAGGAGGAGGAUGAAGAUGAAGAGGAAGAUGAGGACGGGGAGCUGGUGCAGAGGAAUGGAGCAAGCUUGGGGUCUUCUUACUACCCCUCAUCCCAAAAUGGGCACUUCUACCUCCCCCCUGAGUCCAGGCUAGGGCAGGAGACAGAGGUGGAGGAGGGAGGCAGGGAGGUGAUGGCGAGGGAGAGAGGUUCUGCCAGCGCCCUUCUGCAGCAGAUGAUGGACUCCCUUGAGAGGCAGAAGGAGCGUGCAACAACUGGGGAGGAACAGGGAGAUGGGGACGACGCCGACAUGGAAUUUUACUUGAAUUAUUUCAAUAGCUCGCAGCAUGAAGAUACAGCUUCUGCUGUGCCAACACAAGGAGUGCCGCCACUCUGGUUAUCACAGGUCAGAACAGGCCAAGAAAGAGGAGGGGGAGAGAGGGGCAGUGGAGGAGGAGGAGGAGGAGGUGGAGGAGAGAGGAAGAUGCGCUCUAAGGCCUUCCAGAAAUGUCCCAUAUGCUCCAAGGUCAUCCAAGGAGCAGGCAAGCUACCCCGCCACAUCCGAACACACACAGGAGAGAAACCCUAUGAAUGCGCCAUCUGCAAAGUGCGCUUUACCAGGCAAGACAAGCUCAAGGUUCAUAUGCGGAAGCAUACAGGAGAGAAGCCUUACCUGUGUACGCAGUGUGGAGCUGCCUUUGCUCACAACUACGACCUGAAGAACCACAUGCGUGUACACACAGGCCUGCGCCCCUAUCAGUGCUCAAGCUGCUUUAAGACUUUUGUACGCUCAGAUCACCUGCACCGCCACCUCAAGAAGGACGGCUGCAACGGCAUCCCCUCUCGUCGAGGCCGAAAGCCUCGGGUGCGAGAGCCUGGGCUCCUAGAUGCCUCUCUUGGUCUGCUGAGCCCCGGCUCCGACACAGGCCCUGGGCCUCGUACCAUCAGGGGACGAAGACGCUCUGAGGCUUCUUCAGUGGCAGAGGUGGAGGGGACUGCUGGAGCUCUUGCACAUAGUCCUCAGCUGCAGGAGUUGGCAGGGGAGGCAGGGCCCUGAGACUGCAGGGGCGACACUGCAAGGACACUGCUGGACACCAUAGUCACUCUGCACCGCCUGUGAGACAGGCCAGUGAACAGAGAGGAGAAAAGACACAGAGGCAAACUUUAAGAAAACAAAACAACUAACUAUUCCUCUAUAAACCAAAUCAGGGUGUCACAAAAAUCUUAUCUUUAUAUUUCUUUCUCCUUUUACUUUAGGAAACGGAGUAGACUUCUAAGCACUUAAGUCUGUUUAUCUGUCAAAGAGCAAAGAACGCUUCAAAUCAAGCACCCAUGACGUCCACUUUCUGGGCCAUGUCUUUCUUUAUAAUACUAGGGGUUUUAUACAUUGGCAAAUGUGCUUAGGCAAAUGAACCAUAGAUACAAAAAAAAACUCUUGCAACUAUGCAGUUGAUUUAGAUUUUUAUUGGUUUUGUCCUCACAGCCUUCAAGCUCUAAGCAAGUUGUCUAUCAAGCACCUUCUGGCUGCUGUACGGGUGAAGCGAGGACAAAUCCUCCCAGUGAAAACAACUCUUUUUCUAUUCUUUUGCAGGUCUGAAAUGUACAGUUACCAUAGAAACAACAUUGCCACAACAUGGCAUAUGCAAGAAAAACUCGACACAGUUUUGAUGCAACAGUUUUUUCUCUCUAAAUGUUCCAGAAAGAAUGAGACAAGGGUUUGAUUGAAGUGUUACUUUCUCUAUAAAAUGCUUUUUAAUAAUCUAUGGUUUGUCCUGUUAAAAAACAAUUUGUUGCAGAGUCGAAUCCACUUUAAUGGGGGCUCGCCAGGUGCAGGACUAGGGAACAUGAGGGGUAGAGGGUUUGUGUUUUUAAAGCACUACCAUCGUCAAUGUAUCUGUUGGCUUGACUACAUUGCCUCUUCACGAACCUGCAAUUUUAGCAUUUCUAUAUUCCCUUUUGAUUUUGUCCCUAUUUGUUUGUCGUUCUUUGUUGUUGACUGCUUCGGGUACUUGACACUUUAUAAUUGUAUACAUGUAUAUACGGCAGGUGGUGAUAUGACAUUGGUCCCCCCUCAAUGCUGAGGUGUACUUACCAGUUGGGUUUUCCCUCUUAGGCUUGAUGUCAUAUUUCUCACAGAGUGAAGCUUGUGGGUGAACGAAACGAACUGAAUGAAUGUUUGAUGAAAAAAAAAAAAAAAAACAUUGAGUCACCCAUUUGUUUUAAACUUAACACUUGACAUGUAUAGUUCCUGCCCAAAGGAUGAGGAGGUGGAAUGAAUGAAUGUGCUUUACUUUGUGCAGUUCUUCGGAUCGGUCCUUGUGUGACAAGGCGCGGGUAGCAUUUAACAAACCGCAGGUUAAAGGAAUGGCAGGGAGCCUGAGUGAGAGUGAGAGAGUGACAAAGUGUACGAAGGAGAGAUAGAUGAGCACCUUUUUUCUAUGUUUGCACAGCUUUACUAAAGAUAUCCAACAGAGCGGGAGAGAGGUGUAUUUAAAAGGAGUGGGCUGGUGUUUUGCGGAGGGCGUGAGAGGAGGUUUAUGUAUCAUGCUUAUUCCAGUCUUUUUUCGCCCUAGGGACCACACAACCGUGAGGCAACCUGUAUGAUGAAGAGAGCAAUAAAUACCUGUCCAAGUUGGGAGGCCAAAUAAGAGUGCAGCUGCAGCUGGUCGAUGGGGGAUGGGAACAAGGGAAGGGGAGGGGGAUCUCACAAUGUCUGUUGCAUUCCAAAAAAUAAUCUCCCCCAGCUCAGCCACGUUUCCAGGCAGGAGGGGAUCAAAUCAGGCCUUUUCUCUCCCUAGCUCUCCCUCUGUAGUCCUCUAAUGCCCCUGGACCAGCCUGGAGGGGAUAUUAUUAUAUUAGAGCCUGGUGUUACUGAGGGUAGGACGCCUGGUGUUGGCUGUUAAGUGUGUAUGUGAGCGUGUUUGCAUGUACGUGUGUUUUUGUACAUGUGUGUGCGUGGCAGCCAGGGUCGCUCUGGCCACAUCAUCACUGUGUGAGUCAGCCACAGCCUGUUCAAACAUGCACCCUUAGCUGCCAGGCCCAGUGCACUUUCUCUGUCUCUCUCACUGACACACACACUCUCACACACACUCUCACUUAGUCCAGGCGUCCAGUAGAGAAUGGGCGAAUACCAGAACAGACAUAUCUGUUGACUCCUUAUAGCUUGAUUUGUCUUAAAAAAAAAAGUUUUCUUGUACUCCAAAUCAAAGUUUGUUCGUUUUUUUCCAAACUAGCACAUUGAGCCUUUGAGUCAAGAAGAAAACAUACAUGAUUUUAAUAGUUACCUCCCCCCACCCCUCAGCCUGUAAUUUCUGUAGUAGUGCUGUAGUUUAACUAUCAGUCCUCUGCACCUUAAUGGGAAAGAUCCAGGUUAUGUAUGCACUUUGUUACCGAGGAGGGCACUUUUUUUCAGCGAAACGGGUACUUUAAAACUAACCAGUUGCAAAGGAGAUCAGUCCAUUCGUCUGUCCAUGGUGGUGAAGUUGAACUGCUUCAUUGGUUUUCUUCAGGUUUUGAUGACAAGCUGCCAAAAAAAAAAGUGAUAUACCAGUUGAGAUCUCUAAAAGAGAUGCUUGGUCAGAUGAGAUACCAACAUGUUGGGUUUUGUGACCUUAAAAGAAAUAUAGACUACAUUAUCCAUGUCUUUGAUUGCACUUGAAGUUAGUUAAAAAGAAAUGUAGGAAGCUGAUUUUAUGUCUCAAUAUAAAGAAGGAGAGUGGAGGAGGCAGAAGAGGUAGAAAGGAUACUUGUGUGUGUGUGCGUGCGUGUGCGUGUGUUCGUGCGUGCGUGCGUGUGUGUGUGUGUGUGUGUGUGCGCGCGUGUGUUUUUCCAUGCAUGUGCACAAGUAUGUUUCGUGGCUGGCAGGCUGGAGGGUCUCAGGACAAGCUUGGAUAAACAAACUUCUACCCCAUCUGUUCACCAGCUUCUCUCAUAACUGCAUGUGUUCUCCGAGGAACCACGGUGAUAAUAGGUCCAUGGUACCACAGAAGCAGAAAUACCUUUUGUAAAACAACUCAUUGGACAGUUGCUUGUUUACUUCACGAGUCCCUUGGUGAAGAUUUGCAUAACUCUCUGUUUACCUUUGUUGGUCUUAAGAGUUUUAGUUUCCAACUUUUCUUCUCUGUAAUGAUACAUAUGGGGUUAAUUAAUGCACAAAUUGACUCAUACAGGCAGACCAAUGUAUAGUGUAUAUGUCUACCUGCUUGGCGAUCGUUAUGUUUUGGUACUGGGUAUGAACUGCUUAAGUUCAUUGUGUCUUGAUGAUUGGGACCUAUGAGCCAUCUUAAACAUAUGUUGCUUUGAACCUUAAUCAUUUUUUUCCCAAAAGUCUUAUGUUGUUUGUUGAUUAACCAAAGCUUUUUAGCCUCAAUCUGAGUUCACUGUAGACUAGAGAUAUUGAAAGUAUGUGUAUAAUUUAUCCGGACUGGGCCUCCCUGACUAAGCCACACACAGAUGCCCUCAUCUUGAAUACAUAUGCAGAAAUGUGUGUGGAAUGAUACAGAUAUUUACUUGAGUUCACGUUCUCUCGCUCUUUGUACCCUUGUGGACAAAAACAAUCAGAGGUUUAAGGAUGUAUAGGUGUUCUGUCGGUCUACAGUUGUGUUUCUUAAAAUGUUGUGUUGAGCUACAGCUAUUUUUUCUAACUAUUUUACAUGGCCGUGCGUGUGUGUGUGUAUGAGUGUGUGCUUGUGUGGGUUGGGGUCAUGGUUUUUGGGGUUGCUGUGCCAGGAGGGUGGGGUAUAUGGGUGCUUGGGUGGGGUUAUGGAUAUAAAGCCUGAUAGCACUGGAAAUGGUGCUUUAGCUGAGAGAGCAAACGUUUGCACUAAUGUUUAAUGUCCUUGUCCUGCUUAUGGGAGAAGGGCAGUAGACCUCAGAAAGGCCUGCGAGUUUCCAUGAGCACAGAGCAGUAUGGUUAAUACUCAAUGGUCUCAUAUAGAGUCCAUUCAAAGCCCUCCAUAGAAAUAAUCAUGUACAGUAUAUUAAGAAAGAUACAGACGUCCAACAACAACAACAAAUACCAAAGCAGAAAAAUGGCUUGCACUAAGUCAUUGGACAUUUUAAGCUACCAAUCUAAUGUUGGAUUGACGAGUUUUACUGUUCAAUCUGAAGCCUCUUGAAAAGAGAUUCUUGAUGUAAUUUUUGUUGGAAACUAGAAAAUGCGAUUAUCUCAAAUCAUAUUUGCUCUUUAUUUUAAGAAUGAUUCCAAAUACAACGAUUUAAGCACUUAGAAAGUAACAAAGACAUACAACAAUGUUGUCCUUUUCAAAGGGCCAGAUCUGAAAGCUGAGAUGUACUGUGUGCAGGUGCCAGAGAUACUGAACCAAUAUUUGUUUCCAGAUUGGAUUUUAACAACACUUUUCCCAUGCUGAUGAAAAAGAAUAUGAUAUGAUAAUGAAGAUAUUGUAACUCUUAAACACUGUUUGACUGUUCGCUGAAUUGGAUCAUUUCAGUCUACUCUUUGUAAGGGUUGAAUGAAUUGAAAUGUGCUGUGGUUAAAGUAGACUGUGGCCUUGUCUGAGCAGCACUAAGCUUGUUUUUGUGUGUGUGUAAGUUGUAAUGUGCAGUUUGGGGCUAAAGCUCUCUCCCACCUACACAGACAGCAAGGGCCACGGUGUGCCUUAUGUGGACAGAGACCGGCAAAACUCAUUUAUAAUUAUUUCUACUCCAAAUUGUAAAAGCUGAUUAGCUAAUGACAUUGAUCACAAAGCUUUUCAAGUUUAAAUAUAGUUAUAAUAAUGUCUCUGGAUCCAUAAAUGGUGUGUCCCCAGCCUCAGCCCCAGACCAAGGUUACUCUGACACAGGCUACAGGCAGACAGUCUAACUUGCAAGUGUUUUUCCAAAUUGACCUUGAUAUGUUUGUCAUAUGCUGUUAUCAAAGAUUCUUGGUAAAUCUAUCUGAGAAGGCCAUAAAACAAAGACAACAGAGAACUACAAUAAUAAUUUAAAGUGUAAAUUAUCAAACACAGUAGGACGAGGUGACUGUUAAUAUUUAGAUUCACAACAGCAGAAAGGGGACUAUUUUCUUUGCUUUGUCAUUUUCCUGCACACCUGAUUUUUGUGUGUUCUCCAUCAGCAAGCUGAGCGUGGCAUAUGCAGUACGGCACUAUGCGCAGCGUGGCUCUGGCACUUACUCAGACAGCCCUGGGUCCUUCAGAGAGGCAGGCUGCUGUCUGUUGGCUGCUCUAAGCCAAGGUGGUACAGUUUGCGGUCUCUUUGGGAUGCAAAGGUUGACGUACAGUGAGGAGGAUUCAAUACGGGUGGUAGGGGAAAGCUGGAUGUUGCUUUUUCAGGGAUGAGGUUAGAAAAGCCCAGGUGACAAGACUUAUUUGCUGAGCAAUUGUUCAGGGAUGGUCCUGGCAUAAUAGAUUGCACAUCCACAAUAUGACAAGAAUUGUCAUACAAAGGAGGUCACCACAGAUUUCACUUUGGGGCAACAGGAAGGAUGUUGCUGAACUCUUUUGUCUCUUUGUAAGUACUCAGGUGGAAAAUACACUGCUAUGCAUUGGGUUUAAUGUCUGCUAAGUUUAUGAUAUGUCUAAUCAUCCUCCAAGUCACUUCUCUGUCCUUGCCUUUUCCCUUUUUGUACCCAUAUUGAACAUAAUAAUUCCCAGAAAUAAAACAGCAGGAACAGUUCCCUCAUUAUACAGUGGCCGUGACCAGCCUGUUUCUCCAUCUAAUAUUGAUCCAGUGGAUUGUUUGUUGGAUGGAAGGAAGCCACUGGAGAUUCAGUCUUAUUAGUCAGACUGUAACAUUUUUUUGAAAGGGGAUGGGGUUGGAAAAAAAAAACGCAAGGGGAGGAUGUAUGUUCUCCUCUUUCCUGCUCCCAUUUCUCCCCUCUCUCCAGACUCAGAGUCUACAUCUUUGCUGCCGACUGGCCUUUGAUCACAGAUCACACAACCUCAGCAGGAGGAAUCAUCAGGAGAGAAGGGAGGGAGAGGGGAUCGGAUGAGGAGUGGGGGAAGAGACAGUUACAGUUUGUCGUCACUUUUACCAAUGCAGGAUACAUUCCAUAACUUCAUACUGUGAUUCCCACGUCAGAGUUUUUGGCUUUGUUUUAUGGGUGUGAGUUGGAGACAGACGGAUGAAAUGAUCAACAUGUUGCAGUUGGUUGUUUCAGUCAUUCUGUCCAGCGUCACUAUCCCUCUGCUGUGUGACAGACAGACAUAUAGACAGAAAAAUGCCCCCUGAGUAUUGUGAUCCAACUGCCUUUUUCAGCUUCUGCGAUUGUAACAAAAGCACUUUGCAAAUGGCCAUCCUGAAUUUUUGUGUGCUUUUAUUGUAUGGUUAUCACUAUUGUAAUUAUUAUGUUGUUCCUGUUUAUGUUUUUUUUUUGUCUCAGAGCAGAUGAUUAUUUAAAUGAAAAAAAAAAAGAAAUAUGAUGAAAAAGAAAAAAAGAGAAAAAACUUGAAUAUUUGGUGUCUGGAUUGAAGGUGGUCAGAGCUGCCACAUGAUCUGGAUGUAAACAAACACAUCUCUGUUAUUCUACCACCAUACCUGUUAUAUGCAGCUUAUAGCAUAGUCACACAAUAAUAGGGGCGGAUACAGGACAGAUCUCACCCUACCUGCUCUCUGCUUACUGUCUUACAUCUUGUUGGGAGAAAUGUCAUUUUAUUGUUGUUUUGGGAGACUCAUUUUCUUGAAAAAGAAACCUGUACAACAGUUGCAAAGCUUUCUGAGAAGGCUAGCUGUGCUGAAUGUUAAACAUGCAGUGUUGUAUCCACUGCAGAAUCUUUUUUUUGUCUGCAAUAACGCCCGUUCUGUGUAGUUAAAGGCUGGAUCUGGUAUCCUUAAAGAGCUGAAAUGAACAUAAAAGACAGAUGAAAUGGCCAAAUGACCAUCAAGCACUUUUGCGAAUCAGUACAGAAAAUAUUAUUUUUGGCCUUACCACCUAUGUCAAUCAAAAUUAUUGUAGGAGAAUGGAGAGAAUGAUAUUGAUUAUGAAAAACACUCACUAAAUCCAUAGUAUGUAAAUGGUUUAACUUUGGAGAGACAUAAAUAGGAUUCUAUUUAUCAUAAAUUGAUUUGAAACUGUGAUUUUUGUGAUAAUUAAGAUUAAGAUUUAAAAUGGCAGAGCCUUUCCCAAUUCUUAAACCUGGGCUUUAAUUUUAAAUCCAAACUCAAUUGUGAAUUCACAUUAGGCAGAACACUGCUCAACGUAUCUGUGUUAAAACUUUACCCUUGUUGCACUUCUGACCACAUUCAACUUAUGUGUGUGUGAAAACAGCUGAAUCUCAAAGGCAGAGAACCUGCUGCGCUCAACUCAAGGAGUGUGGUCAGAGAGUGAAACAUCAUAGCACGUUUUAACCAGCAGAGUGCAUCAGCUGUUCUUCUACCGAUAUGGAAUUUGUUUUUAGAGAAACUCUAUCUCGUCACAAUGGUGAUUGCUUAUUAGCCUAGCGGUCUGUCAGUCCAUAUGUUUUGAAAGCUGCAGGGGGGGUGACUGGUGAUUUUUUUGAGGAUUUGCACUUUUAGGCGAUGAAAAUAAAUUGAAUUGUAUAUGAGACCACUAAAUCCACACAGUCUAAACCAUAUAAUUCCAUUUUGUGUUAUUUUUGUUCUGUUUUUCUUUUUUUUUUUAAUAUAUCCAAAAAUGUCUGGCAUCUGGUUGUCUGGUUUAAAGGAUACAAAAUCUUUCUAUUAAAAACAAUGGUUGAAAAG